UCAAUCAUAUAUGACGUGUUGUCUGAUAUUGAUUGUCACGUGAUGUUUUUCGUUAUUUUCGAUUAUAAUUUACCGCCGAUUUAUGAUGGGUUUCAAGAUUGUUACAUGGAAUAUCAAUGGGCUUCGAUCGUUUGGCGGUUCUCAACAAUUCAGAUCUGCAAUAUUUGAACAAUUCGAUAGUCAAGCUGAUAUUGUUUGCCUUCAAGAAACUAAAUUAUCUCGUUCAUCGUUAACUGAAUGGAUGGCUUUCGUUCCUGGUUAUACAUCAUACUUUUCAUUUCCUUCAUCCGAAGCUAAUCAUCUUACCCGUCAUUCAGGCUAUUCCGGUGUAGCUACAUUUGUUCGCGAAAAUAGCAAUUGUCGUCCCUAUGCAGCUGAAGUAACAUUUAUCAAUGAUGUUUCUGAAAUAUUUGCAAAUGAUUUAUUUGAUCAUUUGGAAGAAGAUUCCUUAUUUGAAAAACGAUGGUCCGGAAAAUUCAAAUGGAAUGUCGAUGAUGAUCAUAUUAGCUGGAGACAAGUGGAUCGAGAAGGUCGUUGUAUUGUUACUAAACAUUCCAUACAAAUUGACGAAACAGAUGCUAGUCAUAAUCAUUGUAAAGAAUGGUUGUACGUAUUUAAUCUUUACUGUCCACGUAAUGAUUCAAGCCGACCAGAUCGUGAAUUAUUUCAGCUCAAAUUCUAUCAUCUAGUUGAACGACGAAUUAAAGCAUUAUUUGAGGAUAGCCAAAGCUGCAAUUAUAUAAUCGUAGUCGGUGAUUUUAACACUGCUCAUCGACCAAUAGAUGUAUACAAUGAUGACGAAUUUUGCUAUUUAGGUUCAAAUUCUCGUAUCUGGUUACAAGAAUUACUCGACCAGGACAGAUUGGUUGAUGCAUUUCGUCAUAUAAAUGGUGAUGUGAAUGGAGCUUUCACCUGUUGGAACACACAGAUCGGUGGUCGCCAUACUAAUUAUGGAUCUAGAAUCGAUUAUAUUCUUGUAGAUCGUCGACUUUGUCAAUACAUGCUCAAUUGUCAUCAUUUGACCAAUGUUGGUGGUUCCGAUCAUUGUCCUGUGAUGGUCCAAUUUGAUGACCGAAUUCGGUUUAUUUGUCCUGAUCAUCAGUAUUAUUCGAAACAUUGCACUAAACAAUGGCCUGAAUUCGAUCCAAUAAAGCAACCUGGAUCGAUACGCCGUUUUCUCAUUUCUAAUAGGUCAAAAGAAAACCAAAAUAAUGAUCAAUCUGGAUCAUCGAGCCAUAAUCAAAGUAUUAUUGAUAAAUUAAAAACUAAACAACUACAACAGACAAAGAUAUCUUCAUUUCUCACGGGCGUCAAACAGAUUAGAUCACAACAACAACAACCACUAGCAACACAAACGAUAGCGAUUGAUUCAACAACUGUUACAAAUGCUCCAACUGAUCAAUCAGAAAAAUGGCGCCAAUUAUUGGAAGCUAAAUCAAAAACAGAACAUAUUCCCUUAUGUACUGGUCAUGGUUUGCCUUGCGUACGUCGUAAAGUUCGAAAAUCAGGUACUAAUUUUGGUCGAGAAUUUUAUCAAUGUUCAAAGCCAUCACUGAAACCUGACGGACAUCCCGAAACUCGUUGUAAUUUUUUCCGAUGGAUCAAAUGAUGAUGUUAACGCGCAAACUCUAUUGAUUUAUUGAGCAAUAUUUUGUUUGGAACUUUUUUUUAUGUGAUCUCAAAUAUCUGAUUUUGUA